UAAUAAUUAAACUAAAAAAAUUUUAAUAAUUUGUGACAUAUGCAAAUAUGUAAGUCAUAAAAUGUUUGAGACAUUGCAUAAUAGAAAUUGAAAUAAUAAUUAUUUUCUGAUUCUUUCUAGUAGUCGGAAUUUGUGUAAUACCUUUUGGUACUAUCGGUUUAUAUUUGAUAAAUGUGUCUGAUGUUACAUCAAUAAAUAUAUCUUUCUCUCAACCAUAUCACAUGCAAUCUUUAAUAGAGUACUUUGUUGAUCGGAGAAAAUAUUUUUUUUUAUUAUAUUACAUGGAAUCACAGCACUUUAUAUAGGAGCAUUCUCAAUGAUGGCAACAGGAACAAUGCUUAUUGCGUAUUUUAAACUUAUUUGUGGAAUGUUCAAAAUCUCCAGUUAUCGGAUUGAUCAUGCCGUGAAAAUCAAUAUUUUGCAAAAUAUUACUAUAAAAAAUAAAAUUUUACGAUCUGAGGGUUUAAUUUAUGCUGUAGAUAUUCAUCGACAAGCCAUGAAACUAUCUAAAUGUUUGCUAUCCAAAUUUGAGAUAAUGUUUUUCUGUAUAGCAGAACUUUUUGUAAUUUCUCUAUGUUUGAACUUUGUUCGAAUUUUUCAGAUUUUAUCGUCUUUAGAAAAUUUAAAAGAAGCUUUAUUACCGUUAAUAUGUGCAUUUGUUAAUAUCCUAUAUUUAUUCAUAUCUAAUUCUAUUGGACAAGAUAUUACAGAUCACAAUAAUUACAUAUUUGCUACUGUAUAUAAAGUUGAAUGGUACAUAACUCCGAUAUCCAUCCAAAAAAUGUUACUCUUUCUAUUGCAAAAAGGCGCCAAAGAUUUCACUAUGAAUGUCGGUGGAUUAUUUGUUCCAUCUUUAGAGUGCUUUGCCACAUUGGUAAAGGCUUCAGUAUCUUAUUUCACUGUUAUACUAUCUACACAAUGA